AUGACAGGACUGUUAAUAAAAAAAGGCAUCAUUCACAAGGUGGCGACAGCUUACCAUCCCCAGACUAAUGGACAAGCCAAGGUGUCCAAUAGGGAGAUCAAGCACAUCCUAGAGAAGAUCGUAAAGCCUCAUCGGAAUGAUUGGAGUGUUAGACUUGCAGAUGCGCUAUGGGCUUAUCGGACUGCAUAUAAGACACUCAUCGGAAUGAGUCCAUGCUGCCUCGUCUACGAAAAGGCUUGUCACCUUCCGGUGGAGGUGGAACACAAUGCAUACUGGGCGGUGAAGGAAUGCAACUUAGGAUUAGGGGGAGCUGGAAGUGAAAGGAAGCUGCAACUACAGGAAUUGGAGUGCCUUCAACUAGAAGCAUAUGAGAACUCGAGGCUCUACAAGGAAAAGGUGAAGGCAGUGCAUGACAAGAACAUCAAGAGAAGAGAGUUUAGAGCUGAGGAUUUAAUCUUCCUCUAUAACCCAAGGUUGAGACUAAUGCCAGGCAAGUUGAGAUCAAGGUGGGAAGGACCCUAUAUAGUGGAAAAGGUUGAGUCAUAUGGAGUCUUCCGCCUGAGUCACCCCUCAAGCCCCACCUUCAAAGUCAAUGGCCACCGGUUGAAGCUAUAUCAUGGUGAGAAGAUGAAGAACAACAAGGAACUGGCGAUUUUCCUCUUGAAGGAUCCAGCACAAGAAGAGGAUUGA